CGCUCCAAUCAGUUAACGAGCGAGCUGCAAAGCGGACGGCAGAAAACAAAAAAACGCUGAGAACGCGGGAGCUGCGUUGCCGAGAGUCGCGGCAUUGGCGUUCGAUUAACGACGACGUGGAGAAGUCAACUGAAGACCAACCAGAAAACACAUACAUACACACACAUCAAAGCGAAAAACGACAGAAAAUAAAACUCCAUUAAAAUCAGGUGUACAACUGCAAAAUGCUGGCCAAAAAUAUUUAAAGUCAUGGCUCAGCUAACGUAUGUGGGCCAAGGUCACUUGGCGGCCUUUGGUCCGCUGCUCGCUUCCGCCAUGCUGCUCGUGAGUCUCGUCUUCGCUCUGCUCGGCAUCAAGUUCUGGGGAUUCCGACGGCGUCUAACAUUCGAUCGCACCCCUACAACACAACAGCAGCAGUCGCAGUCAACGUCGCAGUCACAGCAGCCGCCACGUUAUGCAGCCUACGAAUCGCAGGUUAACGGCACCGACAACGCUGUACAUGGAGUGUUUCGACAGCGUAAUACGGAGGAAUUCGAAAGUACCAGACCCACAAACUCUGCAGGUAGUAAAUACCUAACAGGAAGUGUACCAAAUCUUUCGCUAGCUUCCCUUGCGCCUCGGGAGCGCAAGGAGGUGCCUACAAUACCGGAAUUGGCUGGCUCAGUUCCGUAUCGCACUGGAUCAGAGCCACAGGCAGCACGUCGAAGACGACGUGACGUUUACAGUGCCAACUAUGAAUACUAUAACUCGCCACCUACUCGAGAACCACCAACACCGCCAGUUGCUCUAGCUCAACAAGCAGCAAAUGAACCUGUCGCCCAGCAAUUGGACAUUCCCAACUUUGAUCAUUUCGCUGAGAAGUAUGAGCUAAUCAGCGCCAAGCCAGCUGGCGACGGAUUACAGCCAAGACAAUCCCAACUCACACACAAGGAGAAUGGACGUUAUGUCAAAUAUGAGCAGGUGGAUGAUGUACCGGAAUUGCUGACACCCGAUGAUGAUCAGACAGGAGCACCCAUUUCAGUGGCUGCUAUGGUACAUAACGUGCCCAACACGCCACAGCCGACAAUGCAGCAAGAACCACUAUUAGGAGCAGUGGUGGAACGUGUAUUGGAACAAGAACCAAAAACAGAGCCUAUAUUGACACUGGAAACAGUAGCUGAACCUAAAUUAGAGCUGGAACAAAGAGCAGAGCCUAGGAUAAGAAAAGUGAAGCCUCAACCUGAGCUAGAAGUGGAAUUUCAGUUAGACAAGGAUACACAGCUUCAACUGGGAGAAGUAACCGAGCCUAAACUAACAAUCGAGCUUCUGGAACCCGAAAAGGAAGCAAAUUUCAUCCAGAAACAAGAGCCAAAGCUUACAUUGAAAGUUAAGUCACCGUUGGAAGCUACGCAACCAUCUAUUUUAGAGCCACAAGUAGAGCUCUCAACUAACCGCAACAGUCGAAUAAUUGAUGGCCAGUUACUUCCCCUGGAGCAUACCGAUUCCGCAUUUGUUGUGGAGAUUAUUGCGGGCACACCCGAUGCCAUUGAGCAAUCGAGGCCGGUGCUUGCCCCGAAAUUAUUCGAUGACCUAGAGCUGGUGUCGCAUCACCAGGAUGCUGAUUUUGAGCUGAAGCGUUCCUCCUAUGAAAUGAACGAAGCGGAUAUUUUAGACAUGCAACCGGACUUUUCUGGCAUGCAGAUGGAGCCAGCGCCCAGUAGUCCGCCUGGGUUUGGCAAGGGUAUCGAAGAAGAUUGGGAAAAUUUUGAGGAUUUAGAUCCCGUGACGGAUAUUCCAGAGCCCAACUGGUCGGUACAUCCAGCUAUCCUGGAGUCCCCAUUGUCAGAACAGCGAGAUACCCAUUUGGAGCUGGCAAAUGAGGUUCAGCAGGAAACGCUCUUCCAAGAACUAGAACUAAUGGAGCCAGCAGUUGAAGUACCGCCAAUGGAGCCGCCACCAUACGAAGCACGACUGCCGCCUCCGCCCGUGCUGCCCGACUAUGAGUCCCUGAUGCAACAAGAGAAGUUAAAAACACCACGGAAUUUGCCGAAAUACGCAGAUGUCGUUAGUCAAAACAGGCCCAAUGGCACGAAGUAUGUGAGCAGCAUAGAAGAUCUGUUUGGAGAACUGAAUGGCGAUGCACCCACAAGUAGUUCCAGCCAGGUGCGCAAUUUCGAGGAGCUGUGCGAGGAACUGGAGAUCGCCCCCUCGCCAGUGCCAGCUCGACGAGCACCACAGGCAGCUCCACGCGUCUCCAAGCCAGCAACACUUAGUGCUCGAGGAGAUGCGGCGCCGCUUACAUGUUACGAACCGGAGGAAUUGCCCAACUCCAGUUCGAGCGAGGAGGAAACAGUGGAGCCGGUGCCACAGCCUGCCAAGCGGCAACGCCAUGUACGCUUCGAUGUGGAGAACCUGCAAUACUAUCAGUCUGCCGAGGUACCUAGCUCCAAUGAGUCUGAAGUGGAUUAUGAAUCCGCCGAAGACAUUGAAUCUGAGACAGAGUUUGCCCCACGAACGAUGCAGCGCCUGAUUACACUGCCAGCUGAUCUAGAGGCGGAUGUGCCCAGACUGUUUGGAACCCAGGUCUCGCAGGAGGAAAGCGACGACGAUGGAGCGUUUGGACGUGCCAUUCGCCAGCAUCGCACCAUGACAGAGGCACUGCGUCCAGUUGUUCAACUGGAACGUAACAGUGACAGAGGCACAGAGGCUUAGGAGGGAGAUUUCAAUAGCAACAAUUAAAAUGCUGCUCUUCAUUUCCUUAGCAAUGACAGUAUUUUAUCUGUACAUAAUUCUAUAAAUAUAUUCCAAUAUAUAUCUAUAGAUAUAUACCCAUAUAAAGUAGUAGAUUGCCAUAUAACAUGUUGACUAUGUUUAAAUAAAGUUGUAAAUAUAAAACAA